AUGGCAUCUCCUCACGUAAACUCGGUUCUAGAAGUAGAUCAAGUAGACGCUGAAGAAGCCAGCCAGCGCCAACUGCGGGAGUUUGCAAGGUUCCAGAAACUGAAUCCUAGCCUCGGCGCUGAUGAAGCCGUAAAGAGCUUCCUCAGCGCCCAGCAGCAGCAGCAGCAGCAGCUACAGUCUCCGGUGGAUUUUAACACAAUCCAACGGAGCUCAGCGAUCCAGAUAGGCGGUGGUGGUGGUAUGAAUCAUAGUGGUAGCGGUGGCUUUCGGCCAGAAUCAUGUCCGCAGACAUCGAAUCUCCCACCGCUGGGUGGGGCUGGGGGCCAGCGGAUGGUGCGAGGAAACUCGACCAACCCGCAGCACAACAGCCUUCAGCACAGCUUCGCCCUCCGCGCCGGCCGCUCCCCCACACAAUUCAUUAACACGGUGCCCGUCACACCGGCGGACCCACCGCAACCACUGCUCACGCAGUACACGUCGGCCCCUACAGCACCCAGUUACCAAGUUCUGCACUCUCUCGGCCUCGACGACUUCGACACCGGCGCCACGCCCGCCGCCCUCCAGGAGUACCUGUUCCAGAACGACGACCCGUUCCCGCUGGCCCUGCGCCCCGAAAGCUUCAGUGGGUCCCGUUCCAACAAGGGCUACCCGGCACUCACCAUAAACCCGUUCAGCGCACCACAGAUGCGGUCGCAGCCGUCGUCGCAGCUAUCAUCGAGCUACACGGAAGACUCUGUGUUCCCGGACCUGGACCUGAGCCCGCAAAACAACAAGCACACACGCAGCUUCUCGCACGGCUCUGCCGAGUCCGAGCGGUUUGUGUUUGGCCAGCAUAAGAUGAGCCGGCAGGGCAGCGGGGCGAGUGGAUGCGAUGCGGGCUUCUCCAUGCUAAGAGUCCAUUCCUCGACGGGGAGUAUGGGCGGCGACAUAUUCUCCGAGGAUAUGGGGGAUCUGUUGUGCGGCGUGGGGGGGUUUGCGGGGGCUGGGGGGGACUUGGGGAGAGUGGCAGGGCAGGUUGUGUUGAAGAGGUCAUCGGAGGAGCUGGAUGGCGGGUUGGCUGGGCUAACUGAUUACUAUUCGCCGGGUUCGGCGGGGCUGAAGAAACAAAGGAGGGCCAAGGAGGAGGAUGUGAAGGAGGAGACGUCCACAGCAGUGAAGCAGGAGCUGAAGAAUUGCGAAGAGAUGGAUGAGAAGAAGCUUGUAGCGGAGAUACUACAGCGUCCUCUUCCUCUACCGCCGACUCCUCAGUCUACGUCCGACACUACUAUGGAUGUCAAACAGCAAGAGCCAAAGUCAGAGUCACAAAAGCCCUCAAAUCCCGUCUCCACAGUCCGACCAAAGACUACCACUGCCUCCCGCCCCCUCCCAACCAUCAAGCCCGGGAAGAACCCAAACACGCCCCCGACCCCCAGCACCUCCACGAAAUCCACCUAUGUCCGGCCCCCUCACCCACGCGUCUUCUGCACGAAAUGCACGGCCCAUCCUGAGGGCUUCCGGGGUGAUCAUGAGCUGCGCCGUCACACCGACAGAGAGCAUGCUUUAACCAGAAAGAUGUAUGUCAUCUGCGACAUCUCGAAGGGGAAGACACUCCUUGCCAAAUGCAAGGCCUGCCAGAGCGGGAAGAAAUAUGGCGUGGACUACAAUGCUGCUGCGCACCUGAGGAGACAGCACUUCAAGCCCAAGGUGCGGGGUGGUAAGAAUGGUAAAAAGGGGGCUGCGGCUGCGGCCGCAUCAGCGGGCACGCUGGAGCAGCACUCGGUGCCCGAGAUGGCCGAGCUGAGGAAGUGGAUGAUUGAGGUGAAUGUGGAGGUACCGCGGGAUAAGACCUCAUACAGCAAGAGGGGAAGAGACAACACUGCCGCCGCUUUAGCUGCGGCCUGUCAGGAUGAGGCCGGUGAUAGCAGCGAAGAUAACGAGGAUGAUGAUAAUAACAACGACGGCGAGGGUCAGGUUGCCGAUAAUCAGCUAAACACGAUGGACUCUUUGAUGCAGGGCAUGCCACUAAGCGGCGUCAACCACCACACCCCCAAUGACGGCUUCUCAUGGGCUGCGUGGGACAACAACACCAACUUUACAUACGCGGACCCAAAGAUCAUGCAGCACUUUACCCACCAGUUUGGGAUCCAGACCUCUGCUGGCGCUGGCUCGAUUCCCCUCACCAUAGCGGGCGGGUUCAACCAGCACGCCGCGGUACACAACAGCUUGCUGCCUACCCAUCAGGCGAUGAUGAUGAUGAUGCAUGGUAACCCACAGCAGAUGCAGCAGCAGCAGCAGCAGCAAUUGCCCUAUUUUGGGCAUGAGGUGGAUACCAACGCCUUUGGGGAGUGUAUGGCUACUGGAGCUGGGGUUGCGUCAAAGUUCUCGGAGCUGGGGCAGCUGUUUCCGGGGAUUAAUGUUGAGGUUGGUGAUGUUUGA